UAAUGAGAAGCAGAUGAGACGCACAGGGCUGAAUGAAAGUGCUGUGAGUUCCUGUCAGAGAGACUUCAGGCUGAACAAAUAAUUAUGGCUCUGUUUAAUGUGCUGGGUUCUGUGUUCCAGGUGCCAGAGACUCGAGCGCAGAAUGUCUCCAUUUAUUAUUCUCCAAAGGAAAGCUUCAAGGGCAGGCUCCUGAGGAGAAAGCUCAGCAAGUCUGAUAUUGGUUCUCCCAGCAAUUUUAAACACCUGGCCCAUGUGGGAUGGCCUUCUGGGACCAAUUUGGAUGAAAGAACUGAUGCAGACUUGAAGAAGCUGUUUAAGCUGGCAGGGAUAAAAGAGGAGCAUCUGAAAGACCAGGAGAUGUCCCGCAAGAUAUUUGCAGUUAUAGAGAAGAAGGGUGGCAUGGAAGCUGUGAGGAAGGAAACUCUUAGGAUGGCCCAGAGGGAAAUGCCAGAUUCUCGCUAUAAAUACCGCUCCCGGUCAUCUACCAACCAGACUCCACCCAAGAGACAGAAUAGCUUUCCUGUUACCUCUCACCAUGCAGCUAAAAUACCAGUUACUACAUUGCCUUCAUCUCCAUUUAGUUACAUUGCUUCUCUCCAUAGAAUGCCAUCUGCUCAACCAUCUCCUCUCGGCGAUUUCCCAUCACUGAGUCCCAUACCUUCUCCCCCUCUGCUGUUAGGUGAUUUCUCUCCUGUACCUACUCCAGCUCAAAACAAAAUCUCUCCCCAAACAAGCAUUGAAAUAAAAACUUCCCUAACUGAUGUAUCGGCUCGCCCAGCUAUUCCUCCUCGGCCACCUACUCUACUUUCUGCUAAAGAUUCUCCCUUAAUUCCUCUGCCUCUACCUUCUCUCCCUGCCUCUGUCCAUAAAUCUUCUUCUGAGUUGUCUUUUCCAUGUCAGCCCCAGUCUCCAGCAUCAUGCCAACACAAUGACAUACAACAUGCUAGUGUGCCCCCACCUCCACCCCCUAUUCCUCCUUUUUUGAAGAAAGAGUCUCCUGAAAAAGCGUGCCUGGUCCUUCCAUCUUGUCCUGUCGAGGAACUACACAACUCCCCAUUAAAGUGCAUGAUGCAGACUGAGAAAGAAAUACAUAGAGGAAAAGAGAAGCUAAGGGAUCCAUCUCUCUUCCUGGAGCAGAUCAGACAGGGUGUACAGCUUAAAUCUAUUUCACGGCCCUCAAAAAUAGAAUCUUCUCAGAACUCCACAAUUGUGUCGGCACUAAUGGACGUUAUACAGAAAAGGCACAAAGCGCUGCAUGGCUCUGAUGAUGAAACAGAUGAUGAUGAAUGGGAAGAUUAGGAAUUGAAACUUUUUUUGUGAACAAUGUAAAUGUGAAAUAGCACUUGAGUACUGUUAAUAUUUUUUU